AUGGCUCCCAUCACCGCGAGGGAACCUCCCAAGGCUCCCGUCACUGCGAGGGAACCGCUGCCAGUGAAAAGUCAAAUCAGGGCGACUCCUGUGAAACAAAGAGAAGUAGAGAAAGUAGAGACAGCUCCAAAGAGAGAUGAAGGGAAAACCGUGGCCAGAACCCUGGCCAGAACCCUGGCCAGAACUCUCAAGAAGGAUGGAGUAACCGAGGCAAUGACGGCGUUGGACACUGAAGCGCUUAAAACCAAGCCUUUAUCACUGGCUCAGACUGAAAAUGUCCCAGAAAGUGAUCCCGGUGAUGGCAACUAUGAGGAUGUGAACUUGGAAACAGGGAAACCGGAGGCUCCAAAGGCUCUUAUAACGAUUGAUCCAUUGAAGACGACGUUCGUGGCUUAUGGUGGAAAGGCCACCUUCAAUGUGUUGAAUGCUGGCGAUGCUCGGACAGUAUUCAAAGUGAAAUGUUCGAACAAUACUGACUACCGCAUAACGCCAGCGUAUGGCUUCGUCGAUGCAAUAGGCAUGUAUCCGAUAUCCGUGGUUCGCAUGCCAGGACCAGUGAAGGACGACAAAAUGGUAGUCCAGUGGGGAUUAGCACCGCAGGGCGCAACUGAUCCUAUCGCUGCUUUCAAGGAGUUAUCGCCCAAUGACAUACAACAAAUCACCGUAAUGUUCACAGUUGUCUCCGGAGUUACUGCUGCAAAACAGUCAAUGCCUCAGAAGCCAUCGACACCCGCCGCUCCUCCACUCCAAGAAGCUCUCAAGCCUGCGAUCGCUGGUGCUCCACCUGGUCUUGCUCCGAAAUCUGAGGUCAGAGCACCUGCUCUCAUUAUGCCUCUUGCUCCAGGUCCUACAGCAGCAAAGCCUACAACGCCACCAGUUCCGGCUCAAGCAAUAGGAUCUGUUCCACCACCAGUCCCAAUCAUGCCAGCAGACGCAGCCAGGGUGCCUGCGCAUCCUCCCAACGUGAAAAUUGUAAUUAGCCUAAAUAAUGAGAAUGCCAGCAGUCUUACGAUUAAAGUUAUGUUAAAAAUGCAUUUUUUGACAAAAACUACCCAUAUACAAAAGUUAUUUUAA